CACUUUUUAAACUCUCUGCAUAAUAUUCAUACCCCUCAUUCACAACAUUGAGACAUCCCCAUUUUAUCUAAAGCAGGGCCAACUCAUAACUAAUAUAUGGAGCGUACAGUAACCAUAGACCUACCGGUUGAACAGGUCGCAAAAGUGGUCAAACGCCAUCUCGUUUAUUAUCCAACGUCUUCUUCUUCGCUAAUUCCACCUAAUCCUUCCCGGAAAUAUUAUAAGCAGCAAAAGCAGCAAAGAAGAACACAAAAGCAACUGCGAAAUCCAACAAAACAGCCAACAUAUAAUACACACCAUCUUCUACCGGGGGGAGCCAUACUUGAUGAGAUCUAUAAAUGGACUGCACAGGUCGAAAAUAAACAGCAGAAAAGGACAAGAACACAAAGUAUUUCGUUACCAGCAAUACGAGAUUUGGAUAUAGACAUUUCCCUUCAAUCUUUAAAGCAGCCUGGUGGUUUCCGACGACACUAUGUAUUAAGUAAAGCUGCAAGUCAAGGCAAAAAGCCGCCCAAUUUUGUCACAUCUAGUUUUGUUGAAUUCUUAUGUUUAUACGGACAUUUUGGAGGUGAGAAUUUGAGUGACGAGGAUUCAGCGGAUGAUGAUGAUACUUCUUCCUAUAAUUCAACGGAAGAAGAUAACGAAAGUAGCGAGGAGGAUAGUAAUGUACGUGAAGGCGACAUAGUUGCCUAUCGCUCACCAUUAAAUUAUGGUGCUACAAGUAGUAGCAGUAGCAGUGAUCAACAAGUUUUACAAAAGCAAACUUUACCCGUUCCGGCUUCAGCAUCAGAAAGAUCAAUGGUGCCCUUAAAAUAUAAACAGCUUCAAGCACGAGAGAGAAUGCCUCUAUUAUCGCGUUCUCGACCGGGUCAAACCCUGCAGGGAAAAGCAACUCCCGGAAAAGCUAUGUUUUUGCUGCUCAAGUCCUUUGUUACCACAGGUAUCAUGUUCUUACCGAAAGCAUUUUAUAACGGCGGCUUACUAUUCUCGAUAUUUGCUAUAAUCGCUUGGGCAUUACUGUCGUUGUGGUCAUUUCUACUAUUAGUACAAACCCGGUUGGUAGUACCCGCUAGCUUCGCUGAUAUGGGCGGUGUUUUGUAUGGUACAGGCAUGAGAAAAGCAGUAUUACUUGCCAUUACGUUAUCACAAAUUGGCUUUGUGUGUGCGUAUAUGAUUUUUGUGUCUGAGAACUUACAGUCUUUGGUGCUGACAUUCUCAAAAUGUCGCGUGCUGAUUCCUAUGCAUUUAUUGCUUUUGGCUCAAAGCUUCGCUUUUAUACCACUGGCUAUGAUUCGAAAAAUUCAACGGUUAUCAAUAUUUGCAUUGAUUGCCGACGUUUUUAUUGUCAUUGGAAUAGUUUACAUAUUCUACUAUGAUGUGAAGGAAUUGGUAACAAUAGGCGUACUGGAUGUAAAAUUAUGGAAUCCUACCCAUUUUCCAUUGUUUAUAGGAACAGCAGCAUUUACGUAUGAAGGAAUAGGAUUAGUUAUACCCAUUACAGAAUCUAUGAAAAAACCCAAAGAGUUUCCUAGAGUUCUUACAAGGGCGUUGACAGCGAUUACUUGUUUGUUCAUCACAAUGGGUGCACUUUCUUACAUGUCUUUUGGUGAGAAUGUUCAGACAAUUAUCCUUUUAAAUUUGCCGAGUAAGGAUCCUAUGGUAUCAUCUAUACAGACGCUUUAUUCUUUGGCAAUUUGCCUAUCCAUUCCACUUCAGCUGUUUCCUGCUAUUCGGAUUAUGGAAAAUGGGUUAUUCACAACACGGUCGGGCAAGAAUAAUGCGGUUGUCAAAUGGCAAAAGAAUGUAUUCCGAGUCCUUAUAGUGUUCUUGUGCGCAGGAAUUGGCAUUGUCGGUUCAAAAGACAAGCUGGAUAAAUUCGUCUCUUUAAUAGGUGCUUUGUUUUGCAUACCUCUUUGUUUUAUCUUUCCGCCGCUUUUUCAUUUGAAAGCGGUCGAGCUACCAACUACAAGACGCUUAGCUGAUUAUGCUCUCAUUAUAUUUAGUUGCUUCUGUAUGGUAUUCGUAUCAGCAACUACUCUCCGUCAGUGGUCGUCGGCAGAACUUGCAGAUCCAGUAAAACAGUGUAUUUCUCAUAGAACGACAUGA